UCAUGUAUUGGCAUAAUGUUUAUUGCUAAGAUUAACGUUUGGACCCUGAUAUUUCUUUGUAUCGGAAAAGCAACAAGUACAGAAACCGAGGCAAAAGAAGAUCUGGUCCAAUCGGAAUCCAAAGAUGGAACCCUAGAAAUCAUAAAGCAAAUCAAAAAGGUAAACAACGACGGUUCUUACACAGUUGGAUACGAAGCAGAUGAUGGUUCGUUCAAAAUCGAAAGUAGAGACGUAUUGGGGAACAUAAAAGGUACUUAUGGUUACAUAGACGACUCUGGCAAGAUCAAAAGGGUAUCUUACAGUUCAACUAACUCCACAGACAUCGUACAUCACGUUGAAGGUGACAGUGUUGUUCAGAGGAUCCCAAAACUGAACAGAACCUUCGUGUCUUCUACGACAAAUCGUCCGUAUCAUUCUACAACAGCUUCGAGCAUACAGAACCUAGUUAAGAAAAAACAUGGCUCAAGUAGCACUACUGCCAGCAAUAUCGACGAAGAUUCUGCCGUUAAAAGUACAACAAAGACUCAUCUGGUCUAUGCGACGACACCACGUAGUCGAUUCUUGUUGAAAUCCGCUGAAGACUCCCAACAAGGCAAGCACGAAGGUCAAUUGCCUCGACCAGAAGAGUUGGAUCGUCCAACAGAGCUUCCACUGUUUCGAAGGCUGUCGGCUAACCAUCCCGCAACAGAAAUCAAACCAGUUACCGAAGAGCCUGAGUUGAAGAGUAAUAUUCUCCGAAGGCAAUUACCGAGAGAAAAUGAUUUUGAUCCUCACCAACAUGUUCAUACCCUUCAACAGUCUCUAGGCAGCGAUUCUCCUGAUGUUUAUAGCGCCUCAAUGACAACUGGAACUCCAAGACCACUUUUCACGACAACUUAUCGUCCAAUCAGGCUUUCGACCACUGCAGUACCUAUCCGAAGAGCUACUGUUAGAUACCCGAAAAAUCUGCAAUCAUCUGCUCAACAUAAGGAAGAAACUACACCAUCCAAAGAGGAAGAAGAAUCUGAUGAACCGUCUUCAGUUUCCGAAACAACCCCCUCUAGCAUUCCAGUAGUCCAAAUACCAGCAAAUAGGCCACAACCCGAAACAUUAGUGGCGAUAAGACAUCCUUAUCAAAGAAAUACUGUCUUAGUUCCACUGAGUCAGUUGCAGAGAAGGCUGGUUCCCUUUGCUUCUCCUCGAGACAUCAACGAUAAUAUCCAAGGAUACGUACCUCAAUUAGAGCAGUAUGCUGGUGAACCUACUUCGAAUCCUUCAUAUAACCAAGAAGCUCCUCGAUCAGAAUAUGCCAGAAGAAUACCACCUCCACUAAGACCAAUGCCAGUUCAAAUUGACGAGAAUGGGUAUGUUAGAGAGUACCCACAACAAUCCUUCCAACAGAAAUAUGUAGCUGUUCCAGUUUCCGUUCCCCAAAAGUAUGAGCAGGAAGUUUCCUCAAAUACCAUCGAGAAUAUCCAACCCCCUGUUAGCAUAAGAGAUUUCCAGAUCAUUCUCCAACAGCUGGAGCUAAGACAGAAGAGGCUAGAGCGUAUCCACGAACUCACUGAUCCCAGACGAAAUGUGGACUACCAACAAAAGAGAAAUUUCGAGCCCAAUCAAUUUUACCAUCGUUUUGCUCAAAAUAAUCCUUCCAACACUAUUCAGUUUAUUCCAAAUCCAGAUGCACAAAGAAGAAGACAAUACCAGUCGAUUAGCACAAGACAAUUUGCCUAUCAACACCCGCAGAAUCAAUAUGAAGAUGAGCAGUUUGCUCAGUCCUAUGUACCAACGAAAAGGGUUGCAAGACUCUUGAAAAAUUCAGGAGAUGAGGGAAGUGGUGAGGAAUACCUCCCAGCAGAUGUGAGAGAAAUGCUUCUAUUGAAAAUGCUUCAACUUGCUAUCAAUCCGGCAUUGCCGAAUGAUAACGAAGAGUCAGAAACAACCACUUCCAAUUAUUUCAAGAAAGAUCCAUCGAGAAAUGUAGAAAUUUUGGGAGAGGAACAGGAACCAUCGAGAAGGCCCUCUAGAGUGAAGAGAUUCAAGGAAACGGAAGAUCUAGAAUACACUGAUUGAAAUGAACUGAAUGGAGAACAGAUAAAUGUUAUUUUUAUAUAUUUUUGUAUGUAUAUAUGUUUUAUAUUUUUUAUUUAUUUCUCUCAAUAUCUUAUUGGGAUUAUGCCUUGAACUUUCUAGGGAUUCAAAUUGUGUUUGUCCUCCAAAUUUUUAGAUUUUUCGUGUAUUGUCAUCAGAUGAGAUGAAAGUGAAAAUUUUUCAUCUAACAAUCCACACAGUGUUAUUCAAUACGAAUGAGAAACGCCACAUUUUCACUGCGUAUUGUUCUUUCAAGUUGCAUAAUAGAGAAUUGCUGUCUACCAAAGAUGUGAACUGAAUUUGUGAGAAUUCUGUUCUUGUCGUUUCCUAACGAGAAGAAUCGUCUAUUUUAAUAAUAAAACAAUUA